CCAGAUCUAAGAGGAGACGCAGAGAUUCAGGGAGGAGCUGAGCUGCUACUGAACUAUAGAAGAGAGAGGAGCUUCCAUAUUCAGACCAGUUCAAUCUACAAAGCACCAACAUCUCCUGGAUUCAACAUGCUCUCACUGCAUCAGGCUCUAUCUUCUCUACUGCUUCUCUCCACUCUAACAGCAAUCAGCUGUGAAGAACUCACACCGGUCCACAAUGAAGAGUUCAGUGCAGAAGGCAGCUCUGUUACUCUGUCCUAUAACUCCUCCAAAGUGAACCCAACGGAUUAUUUCUUCUGGUAUCGACAGAAUCCAGGACAAGCUCCAGAGUUCCUCCUCUCACACUCUGCUUCAGGACAAAUACUAGCUGCUCCAACCUCUGGACUGAAGAUCCAAGUGGAGCAGAACCAAAUCCACAUGAUCAUCUCCUCUGCUGCAGUGACAGACUCUGCUGUGUACUACUGUGCUGUGAAGACCACAGUGACAGGAAACUACACAACUCUGUACAAAAACCUGUGGAGCAGAUGUUGGAGGAAGUCAAAGUACAAUGAGCUGGAUGUUGAGGACGACUGUGCAGCAGAGAGGCUGCUGAGUGGUUUCAUUCUCCUGCAGUGGAAGAACAUUGUUCAUCUACUCACUGACAUGAAUUAUCCUCAUCUUGCAGCCAUGGGUUCCAUGGACAGCAUAACACCAGAAAGUACUGAAGAAGUAGUUUCAGAGGGAAGACACAUCAACCUGACCUGUAAAUAUGACGGAUCCAUCAACAGCAUCCAGUGGUACCGACAACAGCAGAGAUCCAGACCAGAGUUCCUGCUCUACAUCACAGUGGAAGGAUCCAUUCAUCCAACUCUGUCUGAUUUCUCUGCUCACAUCAACCAGACUGAGAAAAGAGUCAAACUGCAGAUCUCCUCUGCUGCAGUGACAGACUCUGCUGUGUACUACUGUGCUCUGCAGCCCACAGUGACAGGAAACUACACAACUCUGUACAAAAACCUGUGGAGCAAACACACAACUCCUCAUCCUCCACUAGAGGGAGUCACUCACUGUUAA